CAGAAACACGUGUAAUAAUCUUACUGGGAAGAACAUAGACUUUUUGGACAAAGGAGCUUUACCUUCGGAUCCUCUACCUUCUUCAUGAAGAUAUCUGACACUGGUCAAAAACAGAGAUCCUCCGUCAAAAAGACUGGCAAGAAAUUUUGAUACUUUAGUCCUAUUAAUUAAUUAAACCACUACUCAAAGGCCAGAGCCCAGAGACUCAUUUCUCUGCCCUGAACUCAAACAACAGAACCACCAUAGCUGAAGCAAACACAACACAAUGUUUCCAGCUCUCAAUCCCAAAUACUUGCCCAAAUCAAUGUCCUCCCUCUUCUCAGCCUACGCUUCCUUCACAGCAUUCAAGUUCUUGCUCCAGACCGUUGUCAAUGAGCUCAAAGACUUCAUUCCCCCCUGGGUUCGAUCAUACAUAUACUCGAAGCUUCGAAAAUACUUCUUCAAACCUCGCCCAAAUGAUAAGCUCACUCUUGUCAUCAACGAGAACAUCGGCAUGGCACCCAACGAGGUCUACAACAAGGUGGAGGUGUACCUCGGAUCCAAGAUUAGUCCCUCCGAUUCGCGACUCGAACUGAGCAAGACGAGCAAGCAGAAGAGUGUCAGCCUCGCCAUUGAGAAAAGAGGCCAAGAUGUCAAGGACACAUUCGAUGACAUUGAGCUCCGGUGGACCUACGUGGCCAAAUCAUCAAAGAAGUGCAGAACCAAUAAGUUCAGGCCUCCUGGUGAUGAUGGAGAAGAGGAAUCUCAGUGGAGCUUUGAGUUAAGUUUCGAUAAGGAACACAGAGCCAAAGUGAUAGACUCCUACAUGCCCUAUGUGCUUGCUCAAGCUGAGUCCAUUAAACAAGGGGAAAGGGUUCUGAAGCUUCAUAGCACCGGCAGGGAACAAUAUGGGGCUUCCAAGAGUUGCAUAGAUCUCGUGCACCCUGCAACUUUCGAGACGAUGGCAAUGGAUCCAGAACUCAAGAAGAUGAUUAUAGAUGACUUGGAUAGGUUCGUGAAGAGAAGGGAGUUGUAUAAGAAGGUUGGGAAGGCUUGGAAGAGAGGGUAUUUGUUGUAUGGUCCCCCCGGUACUGGAAAAUCGAGCUUGAUUGCAGCCAUGGCAAAUUAUCUCAAGUUUGAUAUAUAUGAUCUGGAGCUUUCUAGCAUUUACGGCAACUCUGAAUUGAGAAGGGUUUUACUUUCUACAUCAAAUCGUUCUAUUGUGGUCGUGGAGGACAUUGAUUGCAGUGUGCAAAUCAAAAAUCGGGAAUCAGCUCAGCCUUCUAAAAUCCCAGCAACUCAUGCAAGCAGGGACUGCAAGUUCACCCUAUCGGGUCUACUGAACUUCAUAGAUGGUCUGUGGUCGUGCUGCGGCGAUGAGCGAAUAAUUGUGUUCACCACCAAUCACAAGGAGAGACUAGACCCUGCAUUGUUGCGUCCAGGUCGAAUGGACUUGCACAUUCACUUGUCAUAUUGCACCCCAAGUGGGUUCAGAAUCUUAGCCUCUAACUACCUUGGCAUUCAUGAAAGCAGCCCUCAUCACCUCUUCGGAGAAAUUGAAAGCUUAAUAGAGAGCACAGAGGUCACCCCUGCAGCUAUAGCUGAGGAGCUUAUGAAGAGUGAUGAUGCAGAUGUUGUUCUAGAAGGGCUUGUCAAAUUCCUCAAAGAAAAGAAGGCCGCAGAUGAUAAAAUGAAGUCAAAAAAGGCUAAAAAAGCUGAGCAGGAAAGGAUUAAGAAAGCAGAGGAGGAAGGGAGUAAAAGUGGAGAGGAGGAAGGGACUAAUAAAGCAGAGGUGGAAGGGAGUAAAAAAGGAAAUGAGGAAGCCACUAAGAAAGCAGAGGAGGUAGGGACUGAAAAAGGAAAGGAGGAAGGGACUCACAAAACAGAGAGUCAGGAAAGGGAUGAGGAUGUGAACACAAACUGCUAGAAGAGUUGGAAGAAGAAGACAGAAGCCACAAUUUGAUCAUCGGCAAGUGCUAUGCCAAGUAGGCUAUCUUUAUGAGUUGAUUAGGGAUUGAAAUGUCUGGAAACUCUUAUCGGGUUAAUUUCUACUCGCAAUAACCUAAUCUUAGCUUGGUUUAUUUAGUAAGAAUAGGUUUUCAGAGUCGGUCUAGCAGCAGGAAUUCCUAGUCAAGUUAAAUUGUUUUGCUGUAGUCUCAUCUACUUAUGAAUUACAUGUUUAGAGAUCAGUUUCCUUGGCAUGCAUGUAUCACUGUUAAGUUGGUUAAUCAAUUGCUUACCAUGGAGAAUGCUCAAGUCAA